AUGGUUCAAUUUUCAACAGUCUUGCUCAGCCUGGCGGCAGUCACCCAAGGCGUCUUCGCCGCCAACCUGGUGCCCCGUACGUGGCAAGGAAAGCAGUAUGGCUGCAAAUGUUACUUUGGUGACACAUGCUGGCCCAAGUCCAAUGACUGGAGCCAGCUGAACACAACGGUCGAAGGAAACCUGCAUGCCCAUAUCCCUCCAGAAGCUGUCUGUCACAACACCUUCAACGGUACCCUCGGCACAGUCCAAACAUACGAUGCGGCAAAGUGUGCUGAGGUUACUGCUAUCUACACGGAUGAGCAAUGGACAACUGAUCAACUCGGUCUUAAUUUGUGGAAGUACUUCACCAACUCGACAUGCCAGCCUACUGAAAACCCCGAAGAGCCUUGUACGCUAGGCAACUAUGGUGUCUAUGUCAUCGGGGCAACCAAAAAGGAACACAUCAAAGCCGGUAUCGACUUUGCGAGGGACAACAACCUGCGCCUCAUCAUCCGUAACACAGGCCACGACUUCAUCGGACGCAGUACGGGCUGGGGCGCUCUCAUAAUCAAUACGCACAGCUUCCAGGACAUCACUUUUUCCAAGCAGUGGACCGGCCCGGGUGACUACUCCGGCAGCGCUGUCACGCUCGGCGCCGGAGUCCAAGGCCGCGCCCUACUGAGGGCGGCCAACGCCCAAGACCCUCCCGUCGUCGUCGUCACUGGCGAGUGCCCCACCGUAGGCGUCGCUGGAGGUCUCGUUGCUGGUGGCGGUCACGGCCCUCUGACGACGCUUCACGGCAUGACUGCCGAUAACGCACUCGAGUUCGAGGCCAUCACCGCCGAAGGCGAGUACGUUACCGCCAACGCGAACGAGAAUGCGGAUCUCUUCUUCGGCCUCAAGGGCGGUGGGCCUUCUUCAUACGCCGUUGUGACUUCGGUGACGUUCCGGACGUACCCCGAGGAAAAGGCAGCCGGCGGUGUUCUGUACAUCAAUGGGACUAGCGGGGUCAACGAGACGACCUUCUGGGAGGGAGUGCGCGUGUUCCACAAAUGGUCCAAUCAUUUCGUCGACAGUGGGUUGUACGUUUACUGGGAGCUCGGUUCGAUGAUGCUCAAUGUGCAACCGUUUGUAGCGUUUGGCAAGACACAAGGGGAACUCGAUGCAAUUAUCAAGCCUAUGCUCGAUGAGCUCAAGGCCAACAACGUCCCCUUUGAGUCUUCCACCAAAGGCUUCGGGUCAUUUUUCGCUCUUUACACGGACCUCUUCCUAGACGAGCAGGCUGGUACCCACGCCUUGACUGGCGGGUGGAUGUUCAGCCACACUGAUGUUGAGAAGCGUAACGACCAGAUCGUCGAUGCUUUCAAGACUGUUGCCACCCCGCGAGAAGGCCUAUCUGGCUUCAUGGUGGGACAUUUAAACGCGACCAACUUUAUCAUCAGUGUCAUACCAGUACCCAUUGGCGCCAGUCUUGAACAGAAGGCUGACCUACAAGACGUCUUGACUAACAUUCAGGAUGAGGCCUUGAGACAGGCUGGUCCUGAUGGAUGUACCUACGUCAACGAGGCUGAUCCCUACCAGCCCAACUGGCAAGACGCUUUCUGGGGCUCUGUCUACCCUACGCUGCUUGAGUUGCGUAAGAAGUGGGAUCCCAAUGGUAUCUUCUACGCCAUUGCGACACCUGGUACAGAAGAUUGGGAAGAGAUCGAGUAUAACACGAGACUUUGCAAGAAACUUUGA